AUUACACCCUUAUGUCUGCAUGGCGCAAUCCGAAUACAGCUAACUGAGACGAGACAAGGGCUUCGCACGGCACAAAGGUUUAGCUGUCGCUUUGCUUGCCUUUGGGGCUACGAACAAUUGUAACGUACCGCGUACAAUUGCGUUCAACCAUGUUUGGAGACCUCUCACUUCCUCUAGACGACGUGGAGCCGCCUCUCCAUCGGGAGCGCGUUGCCGCACUGCUAUCACGCGGCUAUGACGUAGUUGCAACAGUGCACAACGUAACAGGACGCAUCUCAGAGGCUGACAGGUGCACCUCAGCCCCCCUCAGCCUCACCGCUCUCGCAGCCGCCAGCUCCGAAGCCAAACGCAUCCUGGCGCUCUGCUCCGGCUCCACCACCUCCACCCUCACCCUGCCCCCCUCCACCACCACCACCACCACAACAGGAGCUGCCUCCGCACAGCCCCUCUCCGCCCCGGCUCCGCCCUGCCCGCUUCGGCAGCUCAGUCGACUCAACCUGGUGGCCUCGGACGCGGUGACAGCGGCGCAGCUGGCAGCGGGGGGCAGUGGUGGUGCCGCUGCUGGUAACGGAGCGGUGGGGGAUAUCGUGCGUUCGUACGACAUCGUAUCCAUCACCCCCAAGAACGAGCGGGUGCUGCACCAGGCCGCCACCAGUCUGGAGGUGGACGUUGUGAGUCUGGAGCUGAGUCAGCGGCUGCCGCUGAAGCUGCGCCCGCCCACCAUCAAAGCGGCCUUGCGGAGGGGCAUCUACUUUGAGAUCUGCUACGCGCCCGCACUGCGCGAGCCCACUGCGCGGCGGAACUUCUUCUGCAACACGCAGGCGCUGGUGCGGGCC